AUGCAAAGUGCUUCAGAUAUAAUAUCUUCACUGUUGUGGUUUAAAGACGACUCUUAUACAGUUGAAGAAAAAGAUUCACAAAUAAUAGAACAGUUUGUUCAAAAUGUGGAGGAUUUUAGUUCUCAGUAUGGGAGCGAAAUAAGUGUGUCAUAUACAGCGUUCAAUCUUCGUGGCCCUCCUUCAAAUUUUCCAGACUAUGGAGAUUAUCCACAAGCUUUUGUUAUGAGAACUUAUGGUACUUGGUGGGAUGAGGCUCCCUCAGUACAAAAGGAUUACAUGCCACAAAAUAGUAGUGCAAUACCAAGUCAAGAUUUUGUAGAAGUUUCAUUUGAGAGAGCUGUAUAUCCACUAGAAGUGGCAGUGUUUGAAACAUAUAAUCCUGGGGCAUUAGUUAGGAUAUGGGCUUUAGGACCUACAUCAUGGAUUCUAUUAUGGGAAGGAGAACCUGAGUAUGCAGGUGAUACACCAAGGAUUUUUAGUCCACCCAUUCGAGAAAUAAAAUUUCCUACAAGAAUAUUGAGACUGGAAUUCAACCAUAGACUACUGCCAUAUUACACUGAACUAGAUGCAGUAUUACUUAGAGGGAAAGAACCAGCAAAUUUAGCCAAGAUGAAAAAUAAUUUUGCUUAUUCUUCACUAUUUUAUAAGAAAACCCAGCCAGUAAUUGAAAAAGGUUUGCUUCUGAAUAAAGUGAUUGCUUCGAAUCUUCAUGAGAAAAUAGUCCAACCAAUAGAUAUCUCCACGAAUGACGUUCUUAUUGACACGGGACCACCAUUAGGAGACUUUCAACAGUUACCGGAUGAAACGAUUCUUUCAGUGUUGAAAUAUUUGGACAUGCAGUCACUCUGUCGAUGUGCACAAGUCAACAAACACUUCAGCAGAUUGGCCUCAGACGCAAUACUAUACAGAAGUAUCGAUCUAAGACCCUACUGGCAUUGUGUAAGGUCUCAGGUCCUAGUGACACUUUCAAUGCGGUGCAAGUACCUUCAGAAGCUAGAUUUAUCUUGGUGCGGUAGUCACUGUAUGAUACAACCGCAAUAUGUUGUGAACUUCCUGAAAGACAGCGGAGCUGAACUAACGCACUUACGUAUGAACUGUUGUAAAUUUGUUGAUAAUUCAGUGCUAAGAGCCAUUGUUGACACGUCAUCCAAUUUGCAAGAAUUAUGCCUCAGAUCGGUAGUGAGUUGUUCAGAAUGGUCAUGCCUGUCUUCUCUCACGAAGUUAAAAAGAUUCGACGUGUACAGAACUCAUAUAACAACGUCAGCUGCUGUCGCCAUUGUUUGGUCCAAUCCUGGCUUACAACAUCUUAAUGUUGGUUCAUGUAAAAUGAUAUCAGCGAUGGACGAAGUAGCGAUGGCGUUAGGUGCGAACUGUCCGAACUUACUGUCAGUGGAUUUUUGGAAAUCUUACUCUUUAACUGCAGUGGGCAUUCGGGCUCUUGGACACUGUAGACAUCUACAGGAGUUAGAUGUUGGAUGGUGCCUACAAGCAGGUGGUUCGGGUGAAUGGCUUGCUGCAUUAUCUGGUGGGGAGUUAAGGAAGCUGUUCUUGGGCGCUUUGAGGGGGAUCUGUGAUAGGGAUUUACGCGUGCUACUGCCUAAAAUUACGAAACUUGCCCAGUUAGACCUUUUGGGAGUCAGAGCUGUCACAUCCGAUAUAUGUUCUGAUAUCUUGGCGGAGUGCCGCGAGCUCAGAUUACUCGAUGUUAGUUUUUGUGAUCAAAUACAUGAAGCACAGGUACUCGAAUGGCGUCGUCAAUACCCUCAUGUUAGUAUCAAACGUUCAUUUCAAUCUGCAAAUCUUAGUACAGCGCCUAAUGCAUUGUUUUUAGCACCCAGCCUUGAA